AUGCAGAACGAUAAGCCAUUCGGCGGCAAGUUGUUCAUCAUUGGAGGCGAUUUCCGACAAGUGUUACCCAUAGUAGAGCACGGACAGCGAGACGACUUCGUAAAUUCAUGUGUGACGAAUUCUGUUCUGUGGUCACUUUUCAACACUCAUAGGCUUCAAGUUAAUAUGAGAGCACGAGAAGCUGGACUUGAAUGGGCGAAUUUCCUGCUGAACUUAAGCAAUGGCAACGCGAACGACGACAGUGGGCGCGUUCAAAUUUUAGAGGAAUUCCGGUGUCAAAGAAGCAUCGUCAUGGAGAUUUUCGGUGAAACUAUUAGUGCUGAUGAUACGGACCUUUAUGAACGGGCAAUUUUGGCUCCCACUAAUAUGAGUGUAAGGCGGCUAAAUAACGAUGCCUUGCAACGAUUAUGCACAUCCAGUCCACACGAUGAGCGCGUCUACAAAAGCAUUGAUGAAGCACUGUACCACGAAGGGAGUUCAGAUGAACUGUACCCGAUGGAGUAUCUAAACACUUUGGAAUCCACGGGAAUGCCACCGCACGAACUUCGACCGAAGAAAGGUGCUAUUAUCAUGCUUCUGCGAAACCUUGACGUUCUCAAUGGUCUGUGCAACGGGACGCGACUAAGAAUAGAAACCCUUGGACGGUAUGUGCUUGGAUGCCGCUUUAUUUGUGGGAGCCGAAGAAAUCAGCUAGCUGUAAUACCCAGAAUUGACAACUACUGGGAUAAGCAGUUGCCUUUCCGACUACGAAGAAGGCAAUUCCCUGUACGCCUUGCCUUUGCAAUGACCAUCAACAAAGCACAAGGACAGUCCUUCAACAAAGUGGGAGUGUAUUUGCCAGAAGACGUGUUCAGUCACGGGCAGCUAUAUGUAGCUUUUUCCCGCGUAAGAGAUCCAGUCGGACUGAAGGUCCAUACACCACAUGAAUCAGUGAAAAACAUAGUCUACAAUGAGGCACUUUGUGAAGCGUGCUCCGUCCACCGUUUCGAACUGCUGCCAGACAACACGACAGUUACUGCCGAGGUCUACUGUGCUCAACUGCAAAGACUGACCGACAAAAUCCGCAAGGAGCACCCGAAGCUCGACAACCCCUCAUAUCGCGAAGAAGACUUCCCAGAAAAUUCUGGAGCUCGGAUGGGAAGUUCUACCGCAUCCGCCGUACAGCCCGGUCCGGGCCCCGAGCGACCACCUCCUCUUCUGAUCGCUUCGGCAUCACCUGGAAGAGAAGCGCUACGAUGA